GGUGGGUGUCCAAGGCUCUCCAUUCACCAAUAUCUCCAAAGAAGAACAAAGAAACACUGGAAGCAGUCGCUGUGCGUUUGUGUACGGAUCACUAAACCACAGAAAAUAUAAAUAAAUGUCGAUCUGUUAAAUAAAGGUUUGCUUUCGUAAUCUCAGAUAGCAUGACCUCAAGAAAACGCUGAAGAUUUACGGUAAAGAAAAGGUGGAAUAUUUUAUUCAUGAAUACAAUGUUUGACCUAAAGUGUGAAAGCUCGACAGAUGAGGAGGGAGGAACGGACGAAGGGGAUCCCAGUUUAGCAGCACAAAUAUCCAGGUGUGCAAACGUCUCGUCGGCAGAUUUGGACGAACUGGAGAACAGCCGAAGCGAAGCCAGCACUGUCAAACAAACAAUAUGGGCGGUCAACUGUUUCAAAGCCUGGCUGCGUGAAAAGCAGCUCACCGUUGACUUUAAAACCGUGGAAAAAUCUGAACUGACCCCAGUGCUGCGGGAAUAUUAUGGAUCUAUACGGACAAGUAAAGGGGAACUGUACGGUAUCAGCAGCUAUGUUGGGCUUCGGGCUGGGUUAAAUCGUUUUAUGAACGACCCUCCUAUUGGGCGUGCGUGGAAUUUAAUGCAGGACCCUGAAUUCAGGCCCGCUAAUAACGUUUUUAAAGGCAUCGUUAAACAGAUCCGACGAUCAGGUAGGAACAUAACCACACACUACCCACCGAUCUCACCUGAGGACCAGGAAAUACUUAAACACUCUCCAGCACUAGACCCUGGCAACCCCAGAGGUUUAUUAAAUAAAGUCUGGUUUGACAUCCAGUUGCAUUUCGGACUCCGGGGCAAGGAGGGCAAUCGACACCUGCAGCCAGACUCGUUCAUGCUUAAGCGGGACGAAAACGGGUUAAAAUGUUUCACGAUGACAUUCACUGUGAUCUCAAAGAACACACUCGAAAAAGACAAGAAAAAGAGGGGGAGCGCUAUGUAUGAAGACCCGGGAAAUCCACUCUGUCCCGUCGCCUCUUUGGAGAAAUAUCUAAGCAAAAUCCCACCGGCUGCAAAAGCGCUCUACCUGCAGCCCAAAAGAUAUGUGGUCCCUAAUGACUUCUGGUAUACAGCUGUACCUCUUGGAGUCAAUUACCUGUCUCAAAUGCUGCCCAAAAUAUGCAAAGAGGCCGGGACGCAGUCAAUCUACACUAACCACAGUCUGCGGGUCACUGCGAUUCGAAAGCUGUCUGAUUCGAGGGAGAUCAUGGCCGUGUGUGUGAACAGUGGUCAUAUUGAGACGAACUCUCAAUGGCAGCAGGAAUCUGCUCCUUAUUCAGCCAGCAGUGAGAUUGACUCCAGCUCUAUGACACAGGAGAGUCCUGUCAGCAGCAACAGCUGGAUGAAACAAGAACCAGAAAACGAAAUAAUCGAGUGGGAAAAUAUAAACACUGAGGCUCCCGCUGAAGCCGAGCAGGAAAACAUGGUGAACAGUGCGAGCAACGCCAUCCCCGCAGCAGCGACCUCAAUAGAGGGUUUACCCCCCAGUGUGAUGCUGACCAUCACCAAACUUCAGUGCCUUGUGGAGAGCAAACAGGAGAAGAUUGAUGCACUGGAGAAACAGGUGCAGGACCUGCAGGAAGAUCGCAGGUUCCUUCGCUCGCAGAUAGAGAACCUCACCAGUGCUCGGGUGGUUCAGAUCCCAGAAGUUCCUACAGCGAGCACAUCUGUGUUCUUAGAGCCCAGGUCACAUAAGAGACAUCAGAAAACUAUGUCUAACCAAUAUGACAGUGAUGAGAGCUUUGAUGGGUCCAUUAGUACUGAUUCAUCUGAGGAGUUGAACAGCAUCAAGAAGAAAAGACAUAACAAGAAAAAACAGAAGAGAGGAUGUGUACAGUAUGACUAGAUAUCUCCGCUUUAAACGAGGAGCAUGAGGAGUGGGGUUUUCUGCCAGUGUCACUGAAAUUCAUAGCACCCAGGACAUUUUAUGGGUGAGCAUAGUGUCCUGGCUAAUGAGAAGGUUAUGUCAUAAAGAACUUAAAUUGAGGCAACGCAUCUGAUUGUCCUUCCCAUAUGACUGCACUUUAUCCGGUACGGCAUUAUCAGGAAUACAACCAUCAACACAGAAUUGUACCCAACACUGUUCCUCUGGUGGGUCUGUAAAGAAAUGUUGGUCAGCUACGUCCAGCAGUAUCCCCACACUUGAGUUUAUGCAUCUCAAUGAGGCAGAUGAAGGCUUCUGAUGAACCUCUGCCUUGUACUGCUACAAAAGCAUGAACAUUCUUAAUGCUUGGAUAUUAGAUGGUGCUCUGAUACAACUGCUGAUUAAACAUUAGAAGGGGCAGGACUGUUUGUGCAUGUCUGGUCCUGGAAAAAAUAUAGAAAAUAAUUGGUGAUAUAAAACAUGCUUGUUGUUAUGCUUUUGAUGUAUUCUGUUAUGCUUUACUCUAGAGUUUUAUCCAAUGAUUUACCAUGCACACUUUUCUUAUCAUAAAAGGGAUCUGUGUAAUAAAUUCACAGAUCUUUUAAAACUUAACAUUGUUUUGUUUUGAGUAACGAAAUACAGACGAAGCGAAUUUUGGGCAUGUUUGUUUAUUCUCAUAGAAUCACUAACAAGGAUGUAUUUUCUCAAAUCUUGUGUAUACUUUUUAUGACUCUGGUGAUUGCUCAGAAUACUAAUUUUAGUGAUAUCUGUUAUGUAUAAAUUUCUUUCAUAUGGUUCUUAGUAAUUUUUUCCAUAAAUUGCACAAAAUAUGUUUGUAAACCUAAUCAGUACCCCUCCCAUAAAUGUAACUGAAAUGUAAAUAUUGUUUUUGUAUUUAUAUUAUAGAUGUUUUCUGAUUUCCACCAUCUACUGUUGUCCUGUUUCUCUUUUUCCUUUACUUCUUUUUAAGGUGCUUGUUUUCUUGGCCUGAAGAUUUUGUAUGUCAGUGAAUAUAUCUUUUUGCUAGGAUCAUACUACAUACAUUGUCAUUUUGAUCCACUUGUACCCACUACAGUCUACAACUAUAAAAGCAAUUAGAAGUCAUUCAUAAUUUAAGUCGAAUAGCAGAAUGCAGAACUGAGACCAUUUCUAAUUAGGCCAGAUAUUGUGUAUUAUGUUAUCGACUGAAUUUUAGUGAAAACAUUUAUAUAUUUAUUUUUGAUUAUGACAGCUGUCUCUGGAUCAGGUUUGUUCAUUUUUAGAUUUUAGUUUUGUGUAAUUCCAUUUCCCAGUAGAACAUGAGUUCCCGUUGUUUUUGGAGUCCAGUGCUGCUCUCUAUACAGCCAGUUCAUUCCUGAAUAUUAGUAUAAUAAAGAUGUGAUUUUUGUUACUCCA